AUGUCGAAGCCGACAAUUGUCUGUGUUCCUGGUGCAUGGCACACCCCAGAAAUAUACGCCAAAGUUCUUGACAUCUUGAGCGGCCAUGGAUACCCAACACUGGCUCUUGCCUUGCCUUCCGCUGGCGCAUCGCCCCCUCAUGCGGACUUCAAUGGCGACGUCAAAGGGAUUCGCGAAUGUCUCACCGAGCUUGUCGAAGAGGGGAAGGAUGUCGUACUGGUCAUGCACUCGUACACUGGCAUGCCCGGGGCUCAAGCGCCAGCUGGACUUGGCAAGAAGGAGCGUCAAGCGGCGAAUCUAAAGGGAGGUGUCAUCAGACUCGUCUUUAUCAUGGCGUUCGCAAUGCCCGAAGGCUUUACGCCCACCGCUGGAGGUGCGCAGUAUCCUGAAUGGAUGAAGAUGGACCCAGACAACGGUAUCGUUACGGUACAGCCCGGUGACGCCAAACGGGUCUUCUACAACGACUUUUCCCCCGAGGAGGCUGAGACUUGGGCCCUCAAACUCAUUCAUCAGAGCAUCGGAGUGUACACCAGUACGACGUCUUGGGCAGCCUGGCGUCAUAUCCCUUCGACCUACGUGAUUGGAACGGAAGAUAAGACGUCGUUCACUCCUGAGCUUGUCGAAUACAUGAUCAACACCGCAAAGCGCAUCGAGCCUAGCGCAUUCGACGUGAUAGAAAAGUGCGACGCUGGACAUUGCCUUAUGAUCAGCCGUCCAGAAUGGUUAGCAGACGUUCUAAGGCGCGCAGGAGAAGAAUUCGCGUAGCUCUUUGCAAAGAAUUCUUGUGUACAUUGUUAAACCUAGACUCGCGAUAUCAUUCGUAGUAAUUUACAUGGA